UAAGGCGCACAUCACGAUAUGCCUGCCUUGGCGGUGGGUCGGGUGCGCAACCGAGUACAAAAGGAGACCUGAAGUGGCACCUACAACUGUCGAAGCUCAACCAGCACCAUGGCAAACAAAUACACUCUGACACUCAUCUGCGUGGUCGUGUUGGCGUUGGCGUCCUUUGCCGCCGCUGAUCCUAGGCCGUUCAAUCUUGUCAAGACCGCAAAGAACCUCUUCAACAAGGCCAAGGACUUCGUUACCCCGACCUUAACGUGCCUUAAAAACGCUGGAGCCUCCGAUGCUGCCCUGGGCUACCUGAAAGAAUGCGGCCAAACAAGAUACUAUGGCAAGACAGCCAUGUUCAGCUGCGCAGGCACCACCUACGCACCUACUGAUGUCAAGCAAAUGCUUAAGAGCAGUGCCAAGUGCUUCACGAAGUAAAUAGUUUGUCCUCUAAGCAGAAAAUGCCUUAUGAUGAUAACGACACAUCUUAUCGCUCAUUAUAACCUGGGAGUUGGAGUGCUUCACAAAAUAAAUAGCUUAUCCUCUAACCAA